AAUAAAGUAGUAGCCCACAAAAGACUUGAUCAUGGCAUCCUUUUAUGAUGAGAUUGAGAUUGAGGACAUGGAGUUUGAUGAGGAUGAGCAAGUGUAUACUUAUCCUUGUCCUUGUGGAGACAAGUUUACAAUUUAUAUGGAUGAAUUGAGAGAUGGUGAAGAUGUUGCUCGUUGUCCAUCUUGUUCUUUGAUCAUCAGAGUCAUUUACGAUCCAGAUGAGUUUGCGGACGAAGAAGAUCAAGAGUCUACAUUCCAAGUAGAGAGUACGAUCACUGUUGCAUAAUCCUAUAUCAAUCCACAUUUUCAACACCCAAGAAAUGUCAUCCUCUUAUUGUUUUGUUUAUUAUUUUUUCCCUUUAAAUACAAAAUACGCAUAUCUAUACACAAAAACACACACAAACACACACGCAUACACGCAUACAUGUACAAUGACACAUGACAUUUACACAAAACAUCUGUCUAGUAACCCCAAGCCAAACCAAAAUAAUAUAUAUAUAUAUAUAUAUAAAAUAAAAUGUUUCAUUUUAUAAGCG